GAAGCUACGUAAAUUUCUUCCUGGUAAAAUUCCUCUUAGAACUUCAUGAUAAUUUAUUUGCUCUGCGGAAAACAAUUUAUUAUGUGAACUUUAAAAGAAACAAGGUUGCACAUGUGUAAAAUAGACAAUAUGUUCUUGAUGAUAUCCAAUCCUACAGAACAGGUCAAGUAACCAUGGUAACUCAGUGUCGAUGAUCAAAAUAAAUAUUGCAAAAGGAUCCUAAAUUUCUGAGAGCAAGGUGAUGUUCCAUAAACAGGAACACAUGAACCAUUAAGUAACAAUGAUAUAGGUUUCUAUUGUAAAACAAAUCUGAAAUCAUGGCAUCUCUUCCCGAAGAAGAGGAGAAUUAUGUCCGAUUAGCGUUAUUAUUGAAAGGAGUGACACCUAGAGCAGUCCGUACUUAUUUUGACAGAGAAUUUCCACCUACCUCUCUACCCUCAACACUAAGUACAAGCCACAACACUCUUUUGGACUUAAAAGUAAAGAGAAUCAUAAACCAGGCUCAGUGGAAUCUUUUGAUUCCAAGAAAUGGGGUUCCGGAUUCCAAAACAUUUGAUGUAACGUUGAUGAUCUGUUUAAUCAGAAACUUGACAUCUAUCAAUCCUGCAAUCAAUGGAUUUGACAGUCUACCACUACCAGGGGAAACAACUCCAGGAUCUGAUCUAGCCAGGAUAAAAUGUUACAGGAAUAAACUAGCUCAUCAUGAUAGUAAUACAAUACAUACUGCUUAUUUCAAUACAGCAUGGAGAGAGAUAUCAGAUGCUGUAGGUCGAUUGGGAGGUCAAACAAUGUAUCAAGAGUGUCAAGGGUUAAAGGUGAAAAUCUUAGACCAGUCUAAUCAGGAAAUUAUGUUGGAAAUCAAACAAUCACUGGAAGAGUUGAAAGAACUGAAACUAACAAUAGACAAUUUGAAUAUGGAACAUUCAAAAGUUAUGGAAAUUUUGAAAGACCCAAUACCAUGGAACAUCAAAGAGCUGAUGAAAAAACAAAUAGAAGACUGGGAAAAGAAAGAUAAGAAGUUCGUGUCUACAAGAGCCAGUGAUUAUGUCAUGGAACAGUUACAGGACAACAGUUGCUUGACAUUAACCGCCCCAUCAGGAGUUGGAAAAUCAUUUAUUGCAAGACACACAGCACUUGUUUUAAAGAAGGAAGGAUACAAUAUAAUACCAGUGGAUUUACCAACAGACAUUAGAACUUAUUAUCAGCCUGGUAAACAGACAGUCUUUAUUUUAGAUGAUAUUUGUGGAAAUUUCACUGCGAAUCAACAACAGAUUGAUAACUGGAAACAGUUGUUACCUGUGAUUAAAACAAUUAUUGCAGACAAAUGUUGUAAGAUUAUUGUAUCUUGUAGAUUACAAGUCUAUAAAGAUGAAAAGUUUAAUAUAUUAUCACCUUUUAAAUCCUGUGAAUGCAAUUUAAUAUCAGAUAAGUUAUGUCUUACGUCUGUUGAGAAAACAAACAUAGCAAAAACUUAUAUUGGUACUAGCAUGAAAGAUAUUCAUGAUUUAUCUUCUAAAUGUGAUUUUUUCCCACUCUUAUGUUCCUUGUAUCACGAAAAAAAAGAUGUAAAUGUCAAAGAAUAUUUCAAAAAUCCUUUUGAUGUCUAUAAAAGUGAGCUAGAUAGGUUAAGUGAGCAUGGUGAUGAAGGGAACUAUAAAAUAUGUAGUCUGGCUUUAUGUGUUCUCUUUAAUAAUCAGCUAAAGGAAAAAUGGUUCCAGGGUAAAAUGACAGAUGAACAAGGACAGAUCAUAAAAGACACAUGUGAGGCUUGUGAAAUCACCAGUAUACCAAAAGCAAAACUGAAGAAAGCACUUGACACCCUAGAUGGUACUUUUAUAUAUAAACAGAAUGGUAUUUAUAGAACUGUACAUGAUAAACUAUUUGACUUCCUUGCUCAUUACUUUGGUCAGAAAAUGAUUGAAUGUUUAAUAGACCAUGGUGAUAGUGAUUUAGUACAUGAACGUUUUAUUUGGCAGAAGUCACCAGAUGACAAGAAUAGUAACAUAGACUUCAUUAUAGAAAUACCAGAUGAUUAUUUAGAAUCAUAUUUAAAAAGGUUUAUAAAGGACUGGUCAGCAGGAAAGGUGACAGAUGUAUUCAGUAACAUUAAUAUGGAUGUAUCAUCAUUCAGACAAAAGUUAUUACAGUACUUACUACAACUAGAUAAAUCACAACAAGUAACAUUAGCCAAUACAAAGGAUACAGUGAUACCAAAGGAGGAGUAUGGAUCAGGUACUACUCCACUGGUAUGGACUUGUUAUGAUGGUUAUACUGGUAUGGUACAGUGGUUGUUACAUAAUGAUGUGGAUGUGGAUCAAUGUAGAGAUGAUAGGGUUACUGGACUUAACAUGGCAAGUCAGGAAAGACAUACUGAUAUAAUAAAGUUACUGUUAGAGAGGAAUCCUAAUGUUGAUCUAUGUAACAAGAAUGGCUGUAGUCCUCUGUACAUGGCAAGUAAUAAAGGAAAUACUGAUAUAGUAAAGUUACUGUUAGAGAAGAAUCCUAAUGUAGAUCUAUGUAACAAGAAUGGCUGUAGUCCUCUGUACAAGGCAAGUUAUAAAGGACAUACUGAUAUAGUAAAGUUACUGUUAGAGAAGAAUCCUAAUGUUGAUCUAUGUAACAAUGAUGGCUAUAGUCCUCUGUACAUGGCAAGUCAGAAUGGACAUACUGAUAUAGUAAAGUUACUGUUAGAGAGGAAUCCUAAUGUUGAUCUAUGUAACAAGGAUGGCUGUAGUCCUCUGUACAGGGCAAGUCAGAAUGGACAUACUGAUAUAGUAAAGUUACUGUUAGAGAAGGAUCCUAAUGUUGAUCUAUGUAACAAUGAAGACUGUAGUCCUCUGUACAGGGCAAGUCAGAAUGGACAUACUGAUAUAGUAAAGUUACUGUUAGAGAAGAAUCCUAAUGUUGAUCUAUGUAAAAAUAAUGGCUUUACACCACUGAUCCAGUCAUGUAGUAAUAACCACAACAGUAUAUUCCAGCUAUUAAUGAAACAUAAACCAAACAUUAAUGCCCAGACAUUUGAUGGUGGUAAUUCUUUAUAUUUCAGUGCAAAGAAUGGGAACCUAGAGAUAACACAGUUACUAUUAGAGAACAAUGCUGACUAUAAUAUCUGUAUCCUUAGUAAACAAGUAUUAACAGAUAUAUAUACUAACCAGCCAGGGUACACAUUAGAUGAAGGAAAACAAUUAUUAUUUGAUAGCUUGGUAGAGAAUACAUCAUCACACGUAACAGAUUAUGUCAGUAAGAAGUCAGUAGAGUAUGCCUUUGAUGUAGUAGCUGGUUCUUAUCCAUUACACAUUGCUUGUUAUAUGGGUAGGACAGAUGUAGUCAAUUGUCUUCUGGACCACAAUGCUAACAUCAACAUGACAAAAGAAGAAGGAACUACACCAUUAUUUUAUGCAUGUGAAGUAGGACAUGAGGAUAUUGUACAUUUAUUGUUAGACAGAGGAGCAGAUACACAGAUAUGUAGACUAGAUGGGAAAUCCCCUUUAAAUAUUGCAACAGAUAAUGGACAUACAUCUAUAGUAGUGAUUGUAACAGAACACAUGACGAAGGAGGACAAACUUUCUUCUUAACUCUUGUUCUUUAGUCGGUGGUUCUUUAUGACAUGUAAAAAAACAUGCAAGGGAUGUUGAAAUGUUGUCUUUUAAACUCUUGUUCUUUUGUCAGUGGUUUGUUUUUACAUGUAAAAAUCAUGCAGCAGAUGAGAGAAAAAAACUUUUAUUUUACCUUCUUGUUGAUUGGUGUUUGAUUAAUAUCUACUAAAAUUCAUCCUUUCUCUCCAUUUCUACACAUGUAGUUAAGCUUCACAUUACAUGAAUAUACAUCUAAAUUGUAUUACAAGGAAUAGAAAAAACAUUUUAGAUUCGAAUGCAGUAAACACAUUUUGUUGAUGCCAAUGAAUAAAACUGUACCACACUUAGUAAACAUUGUAUUUCUAUUAUUACUUAGUAUUUUUUUAAUUACUUCAUUGUUUUCUAAAGUCACAUUUCUUUCUGCCUGAUGAGUCAGGCUAUUGUUUGUCUUAUUUAGUGUCACUAAUAAAAUUCCUCUCUUUUUGAAUGGCAAAGUUAAUUUUAAUAGACAGACAAAUUCACAAUCAUAUCAUUGCCAAAUUUGCUUCUCAUGUUAAAUAUUCCACAUUUUAGUGAUAGUAUGACAUACUUAAUAUACUGUAUUAUUGGUAGGAUAGGUGUAGUCCAUUGUCUUCUGAACCACAAUGCUAACAUCAACAUGACAAACGAAGAUGGAACAUCACCAUUAUUUUAUGCAUGUGAAGUAGGACAUGAACAUAUUGUACGAUUAUUGUUAGAUGGUACAGUUAUAUACAGCGGUAUGGGCUUUGCUCAUUGUUGAAGGCCGUACGUUGACCUGUAGUUGUUAAUUUCUGUGUCAUUUGGUCUCUUGUGAAGAGUUGUUUCAUUGGCAAUCAUACCACAUCUUCUUUUUUAUGUAUAUAGAUAUAGACUACCAUUUUAUUUGUAUUGUUACGUAGAGUCAAGAUUUAUCUUGUGUAACAUCUUACUGAUUGUAUGACAUACUUUAUAUACUGUAUAAAAAUAUAGACAACCAUUUGAUUUGUAUUGUUAUGUAGAGUGGAGAUUUAUCUUGUGUAACAUUUUAUUUAUUAUAUGACAUACUUUAUUCACUAUAUACAAAUGUAGCCUACCAUUUUAUUUGUAUUGUUAUGUUUGUUCGUGUUUUCUCUUGUGUAUGUAUUCCUUUCUAUAUUUUUGCUAUUUACAUGACAAACCCCUAUAUUGUUUGUUUUGUUUGGAUGUUGGGGUACUGUAUAAUUGCAAGAUAAAUAUGUUGUAUUUAAUCUGUUAAUAGAACUAAUUAUUAUGAGACGUAAUAACCAUACUUUCUAAAGAAAAAAAACAGUGAUCUAUAUGCUAAAGAAAUAAAUAUUGUAUCACAGCAGGUCUGAAAGGCCAUGUGAGAUCUGUCAUCACUUUGGGUUCAUUGUCUGUUUGUCUUUCAGUCUAUUGCUUUUCAGCUUUUGAAAGAUGAUUUUAUUUGAUACCUUGAAUCAGUUUUUACUUAAUUUUGUAUGCAUUUUUCCUUCUGGUUUGUAAUACAUUCAAAUUUAUAUUCAGCCCCCACCCCCCAUCCCAUAUAGGUUUUCAAUAAAUUAUCUGUUGAUAUAUGUCUUGCUCAUUUUGAUUAUCUUUAUAUCUAUAAAAUUAAUAGACAUUUUCAUAUGAUUGAUUUAAAGAUUUUUUAUUCUUUUUUCUUAUGUAACUUUUAGUCUUUAUAUUGGGAAAAUAGUACUGACAAAGAUAAUACUAAAUAUAUUGUUUUUGUUUCACAU